AUGUUAUCGAGUGAUCCUUAUGAAGUUCAGGUAUGUAGAAAGUGUGGGUUGUUAGGAUAUUACAACCAUAAGUUGAAAACUGGUGUUUGUUCAUCUUGUAAAAAUGGAGACCAGAUUUCUACCAUGAAGCUACCAUAUGCAUGCAAACUCUUGAUUCAGGAACUCCAAUCAAUGAAUAUUGUUCCGCGCUUAAAACUAGCAGAUGCCUGA